AUGACAGUCACUUUUUUCUUCUCAACAUCUCUUCUAUUUUGUCUCUGGGCGACUACGAGUGUUAAUGCUACUGUCUUGCGCUACAAGACCCCGAUCCCCCAAAAUGCUCAAAUUGUGGACACAAAGCCCAGAUUGGCUGAAAUCCAGAGGGCUCACUCAGGUACACUGCUGUUUAUUGAGAAUGGAGGUUAUUACUUAAAGUACCCUGAGAGCGGUGAAGUUCUGGCAGUGUCCUCCGAUAUAUUGAGCGUCGAACUGGACAGAUCACACAUCUUUCUAUCUCGCACGCUGGCUACAGAAGGAUAUCACGAAGAGGCCAUCGAGAUCAUGAAGAAGCUUGGUGAAAACGGAGCAGAUGUGUUCAUGAGCGAGAAUGACGACCAGGCUAUGCAAGUCUACCUGGAAAAUGCCUUCAGCAUAGGGGAUGUUCUAUCUGUACUCCUCUGCUAA